AUGGCUUCAGCACAGCAACAGCAAGAUUUAAAGCUCUUCUUUGAAUACCAAGGAGUCGACGAAAACAACCUAAAUCGACUACACUACGUUCAAAAGUUUACGGAUUUCCAGUUUUUUCGACUAGCUAACCCCGUAUACUCGUCGUUCGAUAGAGCCUAUAUCAAGUGGCUACAACAACCGACUUAUCAAGAAAUGGAGAAUAACGCAAUUCUUACUCAACCUCAUACACAGACUUUUUUCAACGCUCCACCACCGUAUACGUCACCGCCUAUCUUGAACAAUGUGAACGAAUGUUAUAACACAGACUUAUUAAAUAUCAUGAACCCCAUAAACCCGAAUAUUUUAUACAACAACAACAACGAUGCAGAAUAUUUAAUGACUGACACAACCACCGAAGUACUAGAAGAAUCAAGUAGCGAUAAUCCAUCCCCACCAACGUCCCCCGUCACCGUACAACCUCCUUCCACUACCCCCGUGAAAAAAACCGAUGGGUAAAAAUAUAAACAAUUUAAAAAAAAGUCUGAAACGAAAAGCAUCUUCAUCUGCCUCUAAAAGUGGUCGGCCCAACAAACACGUUCAUCUUACACGCAUUGCAAAUGACCAAGCAGACGAGGAGAAAAUAAGUUCGCAAGAUGUAAUUCUUUACGCAUUGGACGGGACAGAGAAAAAAAGAAAAACAAUUCUUACUACUAGCAAUGAAACUCUAGAAACAUACAAUAUGAAACAUUAUCAAUGCUACUUAUACUUAGGAGAAAAACGUGAACGAGCAUUAGAAAAAAUUAAAAUACAAAAAGAAAAAUUAGAAAAACUUUGUUAUCUUGAGAAAUUCGCAAUAGAAGCAUUAAAAAAUCGCAAAAAUAGAAAAAUCGAAAAAAAUGUUCUGUAAAUUAUUGUAUAAUAAAUAAUUAAUAAAUGAUAUAAAAAUUGUAUGCGUGUAAUAUAUCACUACCUGAAACACCCGUAAUUUCAGGUUACUACAACCUGAAACAUGAUCGCACAACCCGCAAACACCCACAACACCCUAAAAACGGGCACGCGCAAACAUAAAAGAGCGCGAACUUCAAAUCCGAAUCAGUUCGGUCGACCGCGGCUUUGGAGUAACAUCUCGCCCCAGCCCCCGUUCUUGUAAGAACGACGCGCGCGCGCCCCCCCAAAAAAACAAAAAAUACACACCCCCAGAGCGCACAACAGGACAGCAACAUUCCUGAAGUCACAUGACCACCAAAACUCCCCCCGUCCGUACAGCCCACCACGCCCAUGGCCAACGCCCACUUGACCACUCUCGCGUAAUACUAUUUCCAGUUAAAUUUUCUGGUUCCCGCUCCCCCUUGUUUUUUUUAGUGUGUAUAUAUAAUGACUACUGGUUCAGGCUACCCGCUGUAGUGGUUCAAACAAUGGUGCAGAUUUAUGUGAAUUAUUUUCUGCCUAGCCAGGCCUACUGUAUAAGAAAGCCGGCAAGGAUAAUAAUCUCCAGCAGGUUAUUUACGCCAUGCGCGUGCAUGACUAACAAAAUUAGCAGGGACUGAAGUUUGAUAGUAGUUUGUUCCACGGCCAACAACAUAAAAUGCCAUGCAUAAGCAAUAUAAAAACGUUACACCAGUUUGAAUUCGUGUGAUACCCGAACCACCUGACGCAAUAAAAUUCAGGGCAAUAGUUGUUUUUGACAUCUAGCUAGAAGCAGCAUUAACUCAAUAACAGAAACCAAACAUUCUCGCAUUGCAGGUAUUUAUAUAGAGAUUUAUUAUAAGUCGUUAAGAUAAAAUAUAUAUUUAUUCGAUGGUCAAAUAAGUGCCAAAUAAUUGCUAUAGAACACUCUCUUAAAUUGAGAAAUAUAGAAUUCAUUUAGCUACCUCUACUACAACUUGAGGGAAUCAUUUAAUUUAAUCAUUGUAUUUUACAAAACCAUAAAAUCCGACAGCCGGACAAUUAAAAAAAAUUGAAUGUCUGGCAUGAUUUGUAUUUCAAAUAGUUUGAUUUUUAAUUUAAAAAAAAUAAAUAAAGCGGAUCAUCGAAAACGCAGAAUCUUGCACGAGAAAGUUAAAACAAUGAAACGGAUAUUUUUAAAAUUUUUAAAAUAUUCUUGGCCGGGAUUUUGAGAAAAACAAAAGAAAAUGCAAAACGCACACCAUUGACACCACUCUAAUGGGGUGUACUAAAUGCUUUUCAAGCCGAGGAGUUUGUGUUAAUGAAUUUUACAAUAAACACAGCGUGAAAUCACAGACAAAAUUAUUCUACUUCCUUAUUAAUUGGCAUAUUAUCGUUACAUAACCCGUUGAAAAAUGGCCUGUGUAGUAAAGAUUACGCUAUGCUGUAAGCCUGUAACUCGAAAAAUUGGAGAACGUGGUAGGUUGUUUGUAAUUUUCCUCAAUUGCUGAUUGCAGAACAUAGUUUGCAGAAAUAUUUAUUUCAGUGUCUGCUUGGUUUAAUAUUUUAAUACUGCCUAUUCUUCAUUUUCUGUUGUUCCUACAUGCAGUGGUAUUAGUGCGGUACAUAUUUUUAUAUAGAGCUUAAAGGCUAAUUUCCACUGUUGCGUUUUUGGUACACACAUACACGCACGUAAAACUUAGAAUCCUUCUUUUUUUUAAAUAUUUUACAAAUAAGUUAACAAAUGCAUGCUAAAACUUUCAGAACACUAAAUUCUGUUUCUUUAUUUAUUUGGUUACUUCAUGAGUAACAUUUAAACCGAUUUAAAGUUUUACGUGCGUAUAUGUACGUAUGAAAAACGCAACAGUGGAAAUCAGCCUUAAGUAGCUGAAAUCAGGCCAACAUUACAUGAUCAUGAGAUAUAUCGGCAGACUUGGUUUUGCAGCCAGCGAUUUAGGCAAACGAACCUCGCGUUAUAUAAUUCAUUGUUCAUAAUUGAAGCCAAAUUUCACGAUGACGUGUUUCGCCAUCACGAAGAAAGUAAAAUAAAUCAUGUCCGUUAACCGGCCAUGAAAUUAUGCUUGUGUCAUACUAGACAUAUACUUGCUGGUUCAACGGUAAGUACUAUUAAUGAAGAUGGCUUACCAGUUAACGGAAACACCACAAUUUUCUAUUUCACUUGCAGUACCUAAUCGAAGGUGUACGUGGUGAUGGUCCUGAUGGAGACAUUGCUAUUGAUGAUAUGUAUCUUACGGACUCGUGCACUGCAAGAG